AUGGCUGAUCAUGAUGCUCAGGCCAUCAAGCGCGGAAAUCUUCCUCCGGCUGAUGUCGUUGAUGCUGCGACCAAAGUACGGUCGGUGCCUAGGUAUCUGGAAGAUAUGGCGCAGGAACUACCAGAUACGUCUGCUGUUCACUUUUAUACCGCAUUGUCGCGCGUUUUUGCUUCUCAGGUCGAGAAGUUUGUCAACGUCGAAGACCAGAACACGGAUCAAGACGCUGGUAUUGACACGAAUCUGUUUGUGCCAGAAUGGCUCAAAGAGGUGAAUGGAGGCUCUUUGGAUCCUGCUUUGUGGUUUGAUGUAGGCUUUCUGAGCGUAGAACAACCAAGCUUUGGCAGUGCAGAUCUUGGAGGAGUGGAGGACUUGGACAACUUGACUUUCAAUUGA